ACACAGACAAAGCAAUGCACAGACCCUGGUAACCGAGUGGCGUGUGUGUGUGUGCAUGUGUGACUGUGAUCGUGAGUGCUGCUUUUAUCCUGUAAAUUUUGUAUUCGUAACCACUCCCAUUGUGCGUGUGACGGGUGUGACUGACUGUGUGAGAAUGUGCAAUCGUAGGACUGUCGAAUCUUUGUAGCGCACGCAAACUGCGCCUUGUUGGUCUACAAGUCAGCUGAGAGAGGAACAACAAAGUUUUUCCCCCCAGUCACGUCGCAAGACACAAGUGGAAAGAGAGAGCGAUGGAGGACUUGAAGUGCGGUUUGGUGGGACUAGCGCGCGGUGUUUACGAUUCCAUCGUGGGCAUCGGCAUCGUCAAAACCCUGGAUGCCGAUCAACGAAAAUCUGCUCGGAGAGCCACCGACGCGGCGUCACAACCCGCAACUGCCCUGGCUCUACGCAGGGCCGCGGUUCAACAGCAGCGUCCGUCGACAUUGUCGUCGUCCCCGCUACGGACUAAGGAGGAGCCGCGGCUUCUGUACCGCAUUUUCCAGUGCUGUCUACUGAACGGCGGCGUCUUCGGACUGAGCAUAGUCUCUUUCAACUACCUGGUUCUCCCCGCCGUCCAGUCGCUGAUCGACCUGCUUUACGGCGACCACCAAAGUUCGCCGGCGAACAACAUAUGGACUUGGUUGCAGCCGCUGCUCGUCGUCACGUUUCAGGCGCUCUGGGUGAUUCCGCUGUUUGUGCUAAGCAAGAUAGUGAACUGCUUGUGGUUCCAGGACAUUGCGAACGUCGCGUUCCGCUACGUCACGGGCGGACGCCCGACGCUUAUGACCAGCGUGAGCCGCUUCCUCUCGGACGUGCUGUUCAGCGUGCUGGUUCAGACGCUGUUUUUGCUCCAGUCGCACCUCGUAGCCGCGCUGCCCAUCGGCAGGAUAGGUGAGCUCAUCAGCCUGAUCCACCUGUCCCUGCUGUACUCUCUGUACGCAUUCGAGUACGUUUGGUGCAGCCGCGGCUGGGAGCUGCACCGGCGGCUCUCGUUCAUCGAGUACAACUGGCCGUACUUCAUCGGGUUCGGCGUGCCGCUGGCCGUGCUCACUUCGUGGCCGACGUCGUACUUCAUGAGCGGCUCCAUCUUCUCGAUCCUCUUCCCGCUGUUCAUCCUGAGCGCCCACGGUGUAACGCCGACCACUGGGACUGCCAGGUUUCCCCUUCAACUCUUCUCUCCGUCCAUCUGGGUCUCCAACGCGAUAUUUCAUUGGUUGACAGCCAACUGCACCACCAAGCCCAUUCGUCCCACGGUCUCGCGACACAAGCGGUCGGUCACCCGUGAGCACCGGAAGCAGUCCUUGUCUCCCCGUGCAUUGCGCCCAAGAACCGCCGCCACUCCCAGCUGAUGGACCGGCACAGCCACGCUGUGGACGUCUUGGCUUCACUCCAUGCAAGAUUGUCUAGCAGUCACCGUCGCAUUCGUAAAACGCACCGUUCACGAAUGUGACGGCCUCCCUCGCAGCAUCGAUACAACGCAUGCCAAGGCCACCAGGAUUGGGUCGUCUCACGACCGAGGUGGCUGCAGCAGUUUGCGAGCAUUUAUCAUUGGAUGGCUGUUGCUCCAGCGACUGUGUGACAUGCCCAGCUAUAUUCAAGGGCACAUCGCUGUUUUAGUUUUUAUUAUUAUUGACCUGUCAGUCAAGGUUUGAAAAACCUUGUGAUGUGCCCUUGACUGCUGUGUACAAACUUUUUAAAAGCAGGGCAGGGGGUAUUGCGAUAGUUUUGGUCGCUCACAGUUGCACCUCGGUUGUCACUGCUGCAUUGCAUCAAGAGCACCCCGAGUAGUCUGGACACAGCUGUGAACAGUCCCAUGCACAUAAUAUAAAGUAUGCUGUAGAGAUUAUGUUCUUUUGUUCCUAUUGAACAAAGCAUAUUUUAUAAGGUACCAUGUCGAAAUAAAAGUGCAUGUUUUAUUGUUUUCAGUUGCAGUGCUAGUCUCUCUCUUUCACCGCAUUGGUGUCAAUCAGCUUAUACAAUAUUUUUGGAGGUCUGAACUGAAAUAAGCCUUGUUCUUUUCGCCCCACGUCAUGCAGGACCAUUGCAUAAAAAUUAAUAAUUUAAUGUAGCAUGUACACGGAUGGAGCACACGGUCGUGGUUCUUAAUUGAUAUAUCACAGGCAUACCAUCUCAAUUUCUUGCCCACAUAUGCCAUUAUUUAUGACUUUUUGUUUUAGCUAGCAAGCAGCAGCACUCUAUAUUUCUUUGUAGAACUGAUGUUAGCUAUCAGGUCUACUACAUAUAGACCCUGACAGCAACCCUGAUAUCAGUCCAUAUGUGGUACACCUUAUAGCAACGUUAGCUGCAUAUCAUUUAUUCUUAUCUGUGGCUGCUAAAUUUUGUAGAAACCUGAUGGUGAAAGUUGUUUGCAGGCACCGCUAUCUUAUAGAGACACUGUGGGAAAAAUAUUAAGCCAAGCUAGAUCAAUAGAUCAUUAGUCUAUUAUUGUUUUCUGUGUGCCAGUACAUCACUUCGUUUGUGGAAAAUUGCUAUCGAAGGUCUUGAUGCUGCUCAUCAAUUUCAACCUCCCAUGCCAAAAUGGACGAGUUGACAUAAUGUCCACGUGAUCUCCCUCUGUGUUGCUUUGUGUGAAUCGGCCAGUACUGCUGUCGCAGAAGUGGUACCGCAGUCCACAACAGGUGGCACCACUCCACUUUUUCAUUCAUGUCCUUUUCUCUUGCAAAAGCUCUGUUCUUGCUAUGACUGACGAAUUCGUUAUUACAGAAGCCUAACUUUUCAAUCUAGCUUGACCUAAUAUCCUUAGUGUUUCUUUAACUUACUGUAUAACUGUCAAUCCAUAAGAUUGGAUUGACAGGAUUGACAAUAACUCUUGACUGUCUUUUACACGUUUUGUGUACACUUCCCGACCAAUAAGGGCCUCCCUGUAUCGGCAGGCUCAAUGUCGGCAGCCGUUUUAAGCUUGUGAGUGUUGCAUGCCAGCUGUGCAUUAAUUGGUUAUGGCUAAACUGCUUUAAAGCACACUAGCAUGAAGAGUGGGACCAUGGCUUCUAUAGCUCGCGUGCCCGAGCUCUACUUUCACUUGGUCAUAGGGUGUUGCAGAAACGUUUUCCAUCUGCCUUAUCUGUCGCAACAGCUUGCGGUACAUUAUUGUACAUGCCCAAGGCUCGUGCAUUUAACUUAAUCCCCUCUUUCUUUUGUGAAGAAUUUGCAGAGCUGGUAGGGAGAAGUUUGUGGGACAUUGGCAUUGCUUUCUGUCAAUGCUAAGAGGGUAGUAAAACAACUUCGGCUCCAUUCGAUUUGCCCUGCACUUUGUGAAAUAGUUCCCACCAGUUCAUUGCGAGUUCUCGCUGGUGCAGAAAUUGCACGGCAUGACAUACACGAGCCCUGCACCACCUCUCAGAUGAGUGCAGGAAAGGCACUGUUCUGAGACCCCCAUUGUCACAAAUUCAAGAAAUGUACUAGGCCAGUAUGGGCUGCUGGCCAGGGCAAGUGCAAACUUUAAUCUGAACUUUAUUUAAACAGGCAAACACUGAAGGAAAACAUGCAAUGUAUAAACAUUGGGUAUGGACACACACAGCGAACCAUAACCAUCAUGUGUACAAUCUUUGGGGGUGCUGUGGGGAGGCACACCUUCAGUGUUCUAAGAACGCAUCUUGUAAGGCUCUUCAGCCACCGAUAAAGAAAAGAGGCCAUUGAAAUGCACAUUUAACGGUUCAGUCCACAUGAGCUUGUUGAUGUCAUUUUCAUGUGCAAUAUAGAUACUUUUACAGCUUUCCCAACUAACUAUUGCAGUCUAGGGUUUCCGCAAUGCUGCUGCUAGAAGUGGUUUCACGUAAUGUUGAAUAGCUUGUGGUAAAGCAAAGAAAAACUCAGCUCGGCUAGUAAACAAGAUGGUCAAUGUAGCGCAACACAUACUGUUGCAAUAAUUUUGUUCCUUAAAUCUUCUGUCCUUGUCUCUGUGUGGCACCACUGUUCAUCCCAGUUGGGCUAGAGUGUUAAUUAUAGUAAGUGUAAGCAGCAAAGAAUGAUUCCUGUUCCACUACAUCCCCUCUAUUUCGUUUCCUGGUCCUAUUCAGGUGUACCUCCAUGAUUACACUGGUAGCAGCGUCUCCACGCACUGUGCAUCUUAGUUUUAUAUAAGAGUCUCUCUGGGUAAAAAAGAGCAGGACACGAAGAAUUUCAUAGUGCUCACUUGUCAUUUCCACUACUCUUGUAGUUACUGUUAAGCAAACAAUAUGGAAAUGCCUUAGGAACAGUUUGAUUGUUUCUCUCUGCAUAUAUAUGCAUGCAUGCUAUUAGUGGACAGAAGUCACUUGUAUAUGCCUGGAAGUGGAAGCUGAAGUCUUAGGGUCCACGAAAGUAAUGCGCAGUAUGCUGAAUUUCCUUGUGUUUUUGUGAGCUUACAAGGCUGCAAGAAACUUGAAGGAUUAAACAAGAGGAGCACUUCUGUCUUCAGGUUUCAUUUUUACUUCUCGUUCACUCUGGGACAGCUUAUUCAACCUCGUAGGCACAGUCUUUACGAAAGAAGCUUUGCCACUUUCAGUAUUUAUUAUUAGCUGAUAGCACUGGUGAAUCCGGGAUAUAUAUGCUUUGAUGAGCCUUCCUUCCCCCCUGGAGGCUACCUUCUAUCUGCUCCUGGCGGAUAGCAACGGUGAAUAAUACAACUAUUGGCCAUUGUAGAAUGUCAUGCUUACUUUACUAGCUCUGAUGCAAAAAGGGUGUUGAAGAGCAAACCUGACUGUUGUCAGUAAUUACUUGGGGAACUUAUUUUGAACCUUUGUCAUUUAUUGCUCACGUGACAACAAAGUGGUGUUAAUCACAAGGGGAAUAUAUACUCAAAUGGAAGUCUACUAACUCCCCAAAGUGGUUACACAUGGGUGUUCCAAAGAGGCAAGGAGCCACCAAUAUAGCCUUUUUUUGUUUUUUAUGAGGACUUUGCUUUUACUUCGAACUCGUGCUGCUUUUGUGCAACAUAGGGUUUUAUAGACUCUGCAAGCAAAGCCUUCUGUGUGCUGGACAGUGCUUCGAACGUGAUAUGAGUGUAUUGGUGCUGGUAUUAUUUAAAUGCUGAGAGCCUGUGAUCAUGUAAAUCAGUAUGUAAAUAUAAGACCUUUUUUUUGUGUCGCAGUGGUGCAUGACUUUCUUAAGAUAGAACCAAAUAUAUACAUACUGAUACAAAUGACUUGCCUGCUUGGACGAGAAAGCCUGGAUAUGGGUGCGUGUACUGUGCGUGUGUUUGUAUUGUAUACUGUCUGGGAUGAGCAUGUUUUAUUGUUUUUAGAUGACUGCUUGUUUUGUUGCCUAGUAUGUCACUUUUUGUUUUCUUAGUGCAAUGCUUGGGUGUUGCUAAUCUUGCUAAGUACAACACCCUUAAUCAUUGCUGCCACAUAUUUGGCUUUGUAAAAGCACACUACUUGGGAUGCAAAUAAAUAUGUCUGAAGCUUUGUGCACA